AUGCGGAGGCUGCAGCUGCCGCGGUGUUCCUUCAGGGAGGACGCCAACCCCGCCGACAUGGCGGGGGCCAUCUUCAUGUCCAACAGCGAGACCAGGGAGCACUGCUUCGGCGCCGGCGUCUUCGGGCUCCCGCCCGAGUACGAGCGCUUCGUCGCCAGGGUCAGGCAGGGGAUGCCCCUCUUCCUCUUUGACUACACCGAGCGCAAGCUCUACGGGGUCUUUGAGGCCACCUCCGACGGCGGGAUGGAUAUCCGCAGGGGCGCCUUCCGCUUCACCGGCCGCACCUAUCCCGCGCAGGUUUGCUUCAGUAUUGUUUGGAAGUGCAGACCACUCACCGAAGAUGAGUUUUUUCCUGCCAUAGAAGACAACUACUAUAUCUCAAAAAAGUUCUACUUUGACCUUUCCUGCCAGCAGGUCGUCAACCUGUAUGGGUUGUUUGACAAGAAAAGGGUACCGCAUCCUGUUUCCAAUUAUUCAACACGUGCUUAUCUGGAAAAAGAGCACUCCAGUAGAGGGAGACCAGACAAAAGGAGCUUGAGUCCAAAUGUUUCUCCACUUUCUGCUGAUCAAUCCCACUCUUUGAUACCCUCAAGUUCUGCAGUCGAAACAAACUGCUCUGCCUCUACAAGCAUGCACCCAAUUGUUCCACAUAGUUUUGAGGCACAGCCAAAUGUGUCGAUGCCCUUGGUUACUAAACCUUUUGGAGUCCAAACUGCUCCCAUCCACAGCAACCAGCUAAAAUUACCUUAUUAUAGUCAUGAAGACCUCCGAGAUGUUCCAACAAUAACUCAAGUAGCUGCUGCUUGCUCUCAAACACGUAGAUACCACGGAGAUCAGUUUGUUGCAAAUCAGUCAUACCCAUUAUCUCAUGAUUAUCUGCAAAAUAGGUUGUCCUCUGGAUGCAGCACACAAGGCCCAACUGAUGGAGUUAGACUGUCUUUAAAGCAGUCAUAUGAAGGCAGUAGCUCCUUAUAUUCUCGCUAUUCAACACAGGUUCCAGCUGGUGAUGAUAGAAGCUAUUUGACUCCGUAUGUUCCUUCAUAUCCUCAUCUUUCACAACACAAUGUGAACUCGGAGGAUGACUACGACAACUGUGAACAAUGCAAAGCAAUUUAUGCAUCUGAGCAUCAGCAUUUGAACAGGGCAAAAUCCCGAACACCUGAAUUAACUCAACAAGGUAUCCCAGCAUACCCUGAAGCUCUGGAAGUAUCAGCAAUCAGUCAACAGAAAGAAUGCUUUGCUGGCUACAUCCCCAUCCCUGAUUGCACUGAAGACUUUGAAAAGGAUCAGCCAAGACGUGAUUUUAAUCGUGAUGUAUCAGGCUCAUCAGGUUCUGGACAUGAUACUGGAGCCUACAUGUCAAAUCAACCGUAUACUAAUCAUGAUGUAGGAGCUGAAAGCAACAUAACAGUUCCCAGUCAGCGUCAACAAAAGACCGUGUUCUCUCGCUUAUCAAUGAAGCCACAACCACCUCCCCAAGAAAUUCCAGGCCCUUCACUCAACCAACUGCUCUAUUCACUUUCUAAAAGAACCGAACAGUGGAGUAGCAAGACUAGAAGUGCUACGGAAGAUGUUUGUAAACAGUUGGUCAGUGCACAGGACAUUGACAGACCUUAUGCUCCUUCUGAGCUAAACCUGCCAACUGAACUAGAAGAAGAAAACGUAGAUCCUCCCUUCUUGAACUUCAAGAGGCGCAGCAAAGUGGCAAGCCUGGAUACAAAUGGAGGAAACGAAGGUAGUGGCAAACCCAAGAGAAGAAAGCUUGUGCGCCCUUCUUUUGGGCAAUCUAACAACACCCAAGAGAAGAAAGCUUGUUCUGGAAAGGAGCUCCAAGAGAAUGCCGUAGUGGAAAUGAAUCAUAGCCCUGCUAAAACUGUUGGAAAAGAGCUCCAAGAGAAUGUCAUAAUGGAAAUGACUCGUACCUCUGACGAAACUGUUGGAAACAAGCUCCAAGAGAAUGUCACGAUGGAGAGGAAUCAUAGCCCUGUCGAAACUGGUGGAAACGACCUCCAAGAGAAUGUCAUAAUGGAAAUGACUCAUACCCAUGUCGAAACUGUUGAAAACAAGCUCGAAGACAUGAUGGAGUUGAAUCAUAGCCCUGUCGAAACUGGUGGAAACAAGUUUUACAUUGACCUAAACGAACCUGCAUCUGUAGACAGUGAUUUGGUGGAGGAUGCCAGCAUUAUAACGCCACCUCCUGUUGCUGUCAAAACACAAAUAGAGAAGCCCUCUCAAGUAGACAUCAACCAGCUAAGCUGCUCAAACUCGAAGGAGGUAAACAGUAAGCAAGACCAAUCGUCUGGUAGUGGUGCCCCUCCAGAGAAAGCCCCUACAGAGAAAAUUACACUUGAUCUGAACAUUACGGAUCUGAAUACAAUGGAUGAGGCGAAGCUGCAAGCAAUUCUUGGUUCUUCAUUAUUGCAAGCACUUGACAAGCUCAGAAAUGGCAAGUCGAAUGACUCUGAGAAAGCUAAUAAAUCAAGUCUCUGUGGUAAAAACGGUGUCGUGAAGAUGGAAGUGAAAGCUGACACGAGCAUCAACCGGAGGUGCAACUGAUAGUGUUAGUGAGACUGCUGCCAGACUACUGAACUUUACAGGAUUCAGUUUGAUACUCGUGCUACUGCAGCAGCUGGAUUAGUAGAAUCCUCAACAUUUUGAUUGUAGCUGUUACAGUAGGACACACUGUCUUCAAAUGCAAGGCCACUUGAUAUUUUGGAUCGUCUAACUUUGACCUUUUCUAUUUUACCAACAAAAUGGGAGUUAUAUGAUACAAAAGGUAUAUAAUCGGGUUCACAUUCGAAUGGUGCUUCCGGAAAUGUACUUUUUGUGACAUUUAACUCGUAUUAUGUUGGUUAAAAUAUUUGUCAAAGUAGGUACAAAAUACCAAGUGGCCUUGUAUUGUUAUCCAUAUAAUGAGGAAGUUGAAUGUAGUGUCUGGCAUCAUACGUAGGUGAAAGAUAUAGUUUGCAUGAUAUUUUGUGUUUUUGAGAAAAAAGGUAGGGAAUCAGUUUGUGCUUUCUUUAGAGCCA